GCAGUUAUCAAAUCUUGCGGUUGUGUGUGAACACCUCUAUGCUCUGCCAUUGACUUUGCAUCAGCGCGGAUGCAACCUCCGUGUGCGAACUGUGAACGGGGUCUGACACCUCCUAACAAAAACCUUUCAAGGAUGGUCAGGCCUGCUACAGAACACGUAAAAGUGCCGUAUCAAUAACGAUCAACAAGAAACACUAAAAUCCCAUGGAUACCGACGGUAUAGAAAAGUAGAAUUAAUUCAUAUAUAUGGUGACGUUAGCUCGGUGUCGAGAGUGAGCGGAGCGAUCGAGUUGCGAUUGUGACUUGCGACUCGCGACUGACAGACUACUGAGAGUGUUCGCCAAUCGUCAGUCUGUCUUGUUUGUCAGAGAAGGACCGUCUAGCUGGAGUGACUGUGAGCGAUUUCGAGGUUACGACCACGACUUCCUGUCAAGAGGAAGGACGUGAAGGAGGAACUGCAAUUCAAGUUCUUGUUGUACAAUUUUGACUUUGUAGCAAAAUGGAUGAUUCUAACAGAAAACAACUUAAAAAGCAAAGUUCAAAGACCUCUUUGGAACAGAGCUUGAAGAUGAUAUCACCCCCACAGCAGGCACCAAUUACAAUUUAUCCUGGACCUUCUUCUAGUUUGGCUGCAUUAUCAAAGGUAGCAGAUUUAGACCUUGCUCAUAGAUUGGAGAAUCUGAGGAAAUCCCAUGCUGAGGUUAUCCCAACUGAAGAAGAGAUGGCAUCUCGGCUAGCUCAGUUGAAAGGUCUUCCAUCAGAUCAUUACCACAAGACUCAAAAUUCUGGAGCCUCUUAUGUGAAACCUGAUGGAAGAACUCAGAAUCAGAAAGUAGAGGAUUUACUGGAGCAGGUAAUGGGGGAAGUAGCUCUUGACGAACAUGCGCCAAAGCCUGAAGAGGAAUUAGAAGUCCGCCUUGCAAGGCUUAGAGGCAAUGACGUGAGCUCCUUGCAGGCUCAUGGUGCCAUGCCUCUACCGCCACAUACUUAUCAGUCACAGAGUGGAGGUGAUGCCGCUCUCUCUGAAGACUUGGGGAAUAUAUCUAUGGAUGAGGUAGAGGCAUUUAUGCAUGCUGCAGAAAAAGAAGCCUCUUCAUCUGCUGCACAGGCAGUUGUAGAUUUAGAAGCAGACUGGAAAUUGGCACAAGCAGUAGCACAAGCUACCAGGAAAAAGGAGAAAAAAGGGAGUAAGAAAAAAUCCAAAGGGCCUACUGGAGAUCAUGAUACAUCUGAUGAAGAACGUCACAGUAAGAGUUAUGGAAGUGAUAUUGAUAUUGAAGGGGGUAAGGCCAUAGAUGCAGUAACUGAACAGGAAGAAGUCCAGAGAAUAAUUGACAUGUAUACUAAACGUGCUCAGCUUAAAAAGGAGAAAAAGAGGAAGAAAGAGGAAGCUGCAGCUGAAGCUGGAGCAGUUGGAGGACAGGAUUCUGACUCUGACAUAGAAGUGAGUUCGGAAUCAGAUUUAUCACCAGAAAGUGAAAAAUUUAGUGAGAGUGAUGAACUUAGUGAUUGACCAAAUUGUGUGGCAGAAUUCAUGAUGCAGAUGUGGUUGAAAUCAAUAUUUGUGAUAGCCAUUUAAACAUAGGGGCUGUCUGCUAGUAUAUCUGUAUUUUUUAGGUUUGGACUAUGAUUCUUCAUUAUUGUCUUAUUCUUAAUUAUUCUUUGAUGCUGUAAUGCUGUUGAUAAAUGGCUGGAAGCUGGAAGAAGUUAUUAAUAUCUAAUGUAUAUUUUGUACUUAAAUGCUAGCUUUCUGCAUACCCUCCAAAUGAAUUCUGCUCAGUGUCAGUGUUUGUUGCCCAUGAAAGAGAUUUCUGGAUUAUCUAGGGAAUUUUGUUUUGUGGUUUGUGCAUUUAAAGGGAUGUACAUCCUUGAUAUGUUAAAAAUAAAUAUUAAAUGUUGAAA